AUGAUAACUGUCCUUGUUCACGAAGUACCUCAUGAAAUUGGAGAUUUUGCCAUUUUGAUCCAAUCGGGUUACUCCAAACGGAAGGCCAUGCUUAUACAACUGGUAACUGCGCUUGGCGCUCUUUCUGGAUGCGUUCUUUCUCUUUGGGUAGCAGAUCCAUCUGCUUUGGCAGACGCUGCUGCAAGCAGUUGGAUCCUUCCAUUCACUGCUGGAGGCUUCAUCUACAUAGCCACAGUAUCUGUUAUUCCAGAGCUUCUUGAAAAUUCAUCAACAGCGCAAUCCUUAGGCGAGAUUUUAGCUCUUUUGUUUGGAAUAUUUAUGAUGUAUCUCAUAUCUAUCUAUGAAUAA